AUGACGACAGCAGAACCAGCGUCAUCAGGUUUGGUGUUCACAGGGGAAAGUGCCAACGUAUCGAGACUCAUCGAAUCCCUUAUGAAAGGAUAUGAUAAAAGGUUGAGACCGAAUUAUAAAGGUAAUCCAGUAGAGGUUGGCAUUACGAUGCACAUACUGAGCAUCAGCUCUAUAUCUGAAGUUAAUAUGGACUUCACCCUGGACUUCUACUUCCGCCAACACUGGCACGACGAGAGGCUGACCUUCGAGAACUCGGGCGAGGAUGAACUGUGCAUAAGCAACGAAAUGCUGGACAAAAUUUGGUGGCCCGACACCUUCUUCGCUAAUGCGAAAUCCGCAAAAUUCCACACGGCAACUACGAAGAAUGCUUUCCUCAGGAUCAAACCUAACGGUUGGAUCACACAGAGUUUGAGAUUGACAGUGACCGCCAUGUGCAACAUGAAUUUGAGGCUCUUUCCUAUGGACAUGCAAAUUUGUCCGCUCGAAAUUGAAAGUUACGCCUACUCGACGAGACACAUCAAGUACUUCUGGAAAGAUGGGUUCAAUCUGUCGGUGGAUAUUCAGAAGGAAGUUCAGAUGCCACAAUUUGAUGUUAAGGGAUACAGAGUGAUAGAAAGAUUGGAAAACACGACCACAGGUAGUUACAGUCGACUGGCCUGUCAGUUGUGGUUCGUUCGAAGUUUAGGAUAUUACGUCAUACAAAUUUACGUUCCAAGCAGUCUCAUCGUCGUUCUGUCCUGGAUCUCCUUUUGGUUGGACCGCAAUGCUGCCCCGGCACGUGUGGCUCUAGGCAUCACUACUGUGUUAACUCUCACUACGUUCAUUUCAAGCACAAACGCUUCUCUACCAAAAAUAAGUUACCUUAAGAGCAUAGACGUCUAUUUGGUGACUUGCUUCAUAAUGGUAUUUGCAGCCCUACUGGAGUAUGCCGCUGUCUCAUUUAUAGGUAACAAACCUUGGAUCCCCAAAAACAAACAAUCGAAACAACGUCGUGAAAUAUUAUCCAUAAAGAAUGCGGCAGAAGGGAAAAGGCUUGCUCUAUCUGCAGCUCCCAAACAGACUUCAGCGCAUCACCGAACAAAAGAAAAAGACUUGAAUGGGCGCGCUCAUCCACCGACAAGACGUUCAGCAAACAAUACAAUGGAACAACAGGCUGUCACAGGCGGCGCACACAAACGUUCGGCUUCUAAACUUGAAAAAAAACCAAAAACCGUAAAUAAAAAUAUCGUGUGGGCCAACAACAUUGACAAAUAUUCCAGAAUGAUAUUUCCGUUUCUUUUUGCCAUCUUUUUAAUUACCUAUUGGAUUGUUUACACAAACAUCAGCCGAAGUCAGAUGAAAUUAGAUUUUGUGUUAAUUGAACAAAGUCAUGAUAGCUAA